GGGAACUUGUCCCUGGAAUGUGGUUGAAACUGACUUAGGUUUGCUUUUCUUAUCUUUAACUUGGAUGAAGGGGCUAGAAAGAUUAGCAAGUUGUUUGGUUUUUCCAAGAGAUUUCCUUAGUGUAAUGAUAUCUAUCCAGUUGUUUGCUUUUUUCAGAAGGGAGAGAGCACUCCUGCAAGACGACUAGCACAGUAAUAGAGCAUCUGAUGGCUAGAAAAUUCUGUGUGGAACAAACAAGGACUUAGAAGGUCUAGGACAAAGGGAUAGGGCUAUGAACAAGGUUUUUGAGUCAUGAUGCAAGAAUCUGGGAUUGAGACAAAAAGUAACGGUUCAGCUAUUCAGAAUGGAGCAAGCAGCGGCAACCAUUUACUAGAGUGCAGUCUACGGGAAGUGAGAUCCAACGGUGAGACACCUUCAGUUGAAAUUGGGGCUGCAGAUUUAGCACAUCUUCAGCAGCAGCAGCAGGCUCUGCAGGUGGCACGACAGUUUCUACUGCAGCAACAGCAGCAGCAACAAGUUAGUGGAUUAAAGUCACCUAAGAGGAAUGACAAACAACCAGCCCUUCAGGUUCCAGUGUCAGUGGCUAUGAUGACACCUCAAGUUAUCACUCCCCAACAAAUGCAGCAGAUCCUCCAGCAACAAGUGCUAACUCCCCAGCAACUCCAGGUCCUGCUCCAGCAGCAGCAGGCACUCAUGCUUCAACAGCAGCAGCUUCAAGAGUUUUAUAAGAAACAACAGGAACAGUUGCAGCUUCAACUUUUACAGCAACAACAUGCUGGAAAACAGCCUAAAGAGCCACAGCAACAGCAAGUGGCUACACAGCAGUUGGCCUUUCAGCAGCAGCUCUUACAGAUGCAACAACUGCAGCAGCAGCAUCUCCUGUCUUUGCAGCGUCAAGGUCUGCUAACAAUCCAGCCUGGCCAGGCUACCCUGCCUUUGCAGCCUCUUGCUCAAGGCAUGAUUCCAACAGAACUGCAGCAGCUCUGGAAAGAAGUGACAAGCUCUCAUACAGCAGAGGAAAUAGCAAGCAACAACCACAGCAGUUUGGACCUGUCCACCACAUGUGUCUCCUCUUCUGCACCUUCUAAGACCUCCUUAAUAAUAAACCCACACGCCUCAACGAACGGACAGCUCUCGGUCCACACUCCUAAAAGGGAGAGUUUAUCCCACGAGGAGCACUCACAUAGCCAUCCGCUCUAUGGACAUGGUGUAUGCAAAUGGCCAGGCUGUGAAGCAGUUUGUGAAGACUUCCAGUCAUUUCUAAAACAUCUCAACAAUGAGCAUGCGCUGGAUGAUAGAAGUACAGCCCAAUGUAGAGUACAAAUGCAGGUUGUUCAGCAGUUAGAGCUACAGCUUGCAAAAGACAAAGAGCGCCUGCAAGCUAUGAUGACACACCUGCAUGUGAAGUCAACUGAACCAAAAGCCACCCCUCAGCCUCUGAAUCUGGUAUCAAGUGUCACACUGUCAAAGACGGCCUCUGAGGCUUCUCCACAGAGCUUACCUCAUACUCCGACCACCCCAACUACACCCAUCACUCCUGUCAUCCAGGGACCUUCUGUCAUCACUACCACCAGCAUGCACAACGUUGAACCAAUCAGGAGGCGGUGCCCUAAUAAAUACAAUGUGGCCAUUUCUUCAGAUCUUGCUCAGAACCAAGAAUUUUAUAAGAACGCAGAGGUUAGACCACCAUUCACGUAUGCAUCUUUAAUUAGGCAGGCUAUCCUCGAAUCUCCAGAAAAGCAACUAACACUAAAUGAAAUCUACAACUGGUUCACACGAAUGUUUGCUUACUUCAGACGCAAUGCAGCGACAUGGAAGAAUGCAGUGCGUCAUAAUCUUAGUCUUCACAAGUGUUUUGUGCGAGUAGAAAACGUUAAAGGGGCAGUAUGGACAGUGGAUGAACUAGAGUUCCAAAAACGAAGGCCACAAAAGAUCAGUGGUAACCCUUCUCUUAUUAAAAACAUACAGACCAGCCACACCUACUGCACACCUCUCAAUGCUGCUUUACAGGCUUCAAUGGCUGAUAAUAGUAUACCUCUAUACACUACUGCUUCCAUGGGAAACCCCACUCUGGGCAAUUUAGCCAAUGCUAUGAGGGAAGAUCUUAAUGGUGCAAUGGAGCAUACGAACAGUAAUGAGAGUGACAGUAGUCCAGGACGUUCCCCUAUGCAAGCAAUGCACCCUGUGCAUGUCAAAGAAGAACCGUUGGAUCCAGACGAAAACGAAGGCCCGCUAUCCUUAGUGACAACAGCCAAUCACAGUCCAGAUUUUGAUCAUGACAGAGAUUAUGAAGAUGAACCUGUAAAUGAGGACAUAGAAUGAGUAUGUCUGACGUCAUUAUCCUGAGAAUGAAGAUUGGAAAAACACGUCAAAUUUAGCUGUGAAAUCUCUCCAUUAUUGUACAGUCUGGAGGAUUUUCAGUACACUUUGACAACUAUGAAAUAUGUUAACUCUUAGUGCCAUCAAGUAUCCCAUUUGGGAGUAUUUUUGAUUUUUCUACUUUUUGUUGAAAAAAGGAAUUUGUACUCUGUGCAUUGGAUGGACUUGUUUGGUACUUGGGAUUUUCCUCUCUUACAGUCAACAUCAGUGUUGUAAAUUUGCUAAACUGAUUCACUUACUCACAUUUAGCAGCAGGUUUUGGACUGCAGUCCUGCCAAUUUUGGACACUGAGGACAUCAAACUCUGAGCAUGUACAUCUAAACUGCAGAUCAAGCCUUUGCCCAGAUUUUAAGGAUUCCAAUGGACAACAUAUUUGCACAGUACUGCAUGUUGGUUAUCACUGCCUUUACUCCUUUUUUUGUUUUUUUUUUUGCUUCCAUUUGGGAUGGGGAAGGCAUGUGUGUGUGCGCGCGCGUGUGUGUGUGUGUGUGUAUGUGUACUGGCGAGGGGUUACAAGAAAUAUUAUCCCAAACUUUUUAAUGUAUUGCUUUUAUUUCCCCCCCCCCCCCCCACCCCUUCUGCUCUACCAUUUUAAGUUCUGACCUCAGGCCACAUCUCGGCCCAGGGCCUUUUGAAGGCCUAAUGUUUUCUGUACUUUGUGAUGAAUGUUAAUAGGUGUUUUUAUUAUACGAAGCUGAAUGUCA